AUGACGCUUCAGUUCUUAAGUGGUGACAAGUAGUUUUCACAAACGGAUCAAAUUAGUGUUAAUAGACAGUUAUUAUUGUAAAAUAAAUAGUUUAAAUCGCCAUUGUUCAAGUUGUUUUUUUUAUUUUGAAAAAAACAAUGUUAUCAUGGUUGUAUAAAAAAAGAAGAAUAUCAAAUAGAACCUCAAAAAACUUCAAAAUGGCUUUCUACGCUCAAAUUGGAGUUCUUAUACUAUGCAGUACCGUUCUGGUAUCAGCAGUAGAUAGAAAUAAUUUCAAAACCUGUGAACAGAGCAGUUUUUGCAGACGAUGCCGAAAAGUUGAGCCUGGAAAUUCAGCUUAUACACUUUUGUCAAAUACAGUGACGAACGAUGAAAAUUCAUUGAGUGCCGAUCUUUUUAAUAACAAUACAGAUAUUUUGUAUAUUCUAAAAUUAACAGCCCUUCGUGAUAACACGUUCAGGCUUUAUGUUAAUGAAAAAUCUCCAGCACAUGCUAGGUAUGAAGUGGAAAUUUCCCUUCAGGGUGAGCCUCAACUUUCAAAAAUUGAUGCUGUCGAAAAAUCCGAAGAAUUCGUAACAGUGAAAAGUGGAGCAAACAAAGCAGUCUUAUAUUUUAGACCUUUUAAAAUUGAUUUAUAUUCUCGUGAUCAACUCGUCAUUUCUACAAAUGCAAGAGGUUUGAUGAGAUUUGAACAUAUUCGAAAUAAACCCGAACCAAAACAGGAGGAAGCACAAGAGGGUGAAGAAAAUGUCGAACCACAAGAACCUGCGAGUGAACCGCAACAUCCUGGCGAUGGUGCUGACAGUGAUCAAGGAGCAUGGGAGGAGAAUUUUAAAUCUCAUCAUGAUUCAAAACCACUAGGACCAGAGGCAAUUGCUCUAGAUUUUAGUUUUCCAGGAGCCGAGCAUGUUUAUGGAAUUCCAGAGCACGCAGAUUCACUUGCUCUAAAAUCCACUAAACAAACUGAUCCCUACCGAUUGUACAAUUUGGAUGUAUUUGAAUAUGAACUUAAUGAAAGAAUGGCUCUCUAUGGAGCUGUUCCCGUUCUAUACGCACAUGGUAAAGAAAGAACAUCGGGAGUAUUUUGGAAUAAUGCGGCAGAAACUUGGGUCGAUAUUUUGUCAAGCGCUGACAAUAAUGUUGUUGAGAGUAUCGUUAAUCUUGUGACCGGAUCAAAAAAAUCUCAGGUCGAUGCUCACUUUAUGUCUGAAUCGGGUGUGAUUGAUGUAUUCUUUCUAUUGGGUCCAAAGCCUCUCGAUACUUUUAGACAGUAUGCACUUCUAACCGGAACUGCACCUUUACCCCAGAUUUUUUCACUGGGUUAUCAUCAGUCUCGUUGGAAUUACAACGACCAACAAGACGUUCAACAAAUCGCGGAUAAUUUUGAUAAAUAUGACCUGCCAAUGGACGUGAUGUGGCUCGACAUUGAAUACACGGAUAAUAAAAAGUAUUUUACUUGGGACCAGCGAAAAUUCCCUAAUCCAACGGAAAUGAUUCAGAAUUUAACAUCGAAAUUGAGAAAACUCGUGGUGAUCAUUGAUCCCCAUAUUAAACGCGAUGAAGGCUAUCAUGUUCAUAAUGACGCGACAAGCAUGGAUCUUUACGUUAAAGACAAAGACGGCAAAGUGUACGAGGGUUGGUGUUGGCCUGGAUCAUCAUCCUAUCUCGACUUUUUCGAUCCAAAAGUUCGUGACUACUACAUGAAUCAAUAUUCCUUCGAUAAAUUCCCCGGCACAACUUCCGAUGUUUACAUAUGGAAUGACAUGAACGAGCCGAGUGUAUUUAAUGGACCGGAGAUAACGAUGCCGAAGGAUAUGCGUCAUUUUGGUGGCUGGGAGCAUCGCGACGUUCACAAUAUCUACGGAAUUAUGCAAACAGUCGCAACCUAUGAGGCAUUAUUGAGAAGAUCAAACCGCUCCCUGAGACCGUUCAUUCUAACGCGAUCUCAUUUCGCCGGAACUCAAAGAUACGCCGCCGUUUGGACGGGUGACAAUAUGGCUGAAUGGGGUCAUUUGAAAGCCAGUUUUCCAAUGUGUUUGUCCCUCGCAAUUUCUGGAAUUUCAUUUUGUGGAGCUGACGUCGGUGGUUUCUUUAAGAAUCCAGACGCUGAACUCUUUGUCAGAUGGAAUCAAGCCGGUGCUUGGCUUCCAUUCUUCAGGCAACAUUCACACAUUGAAACAAAACGUCGUGAGCCAUGGACAUUUAAUGACGAAGUGACGCAAAUUGUUCGCGAGGCAUUGAGAUUACGUUAUUCGUAUUUACCACUUUGGUAUACACUUUUCCGUGAACAUGAGAUUAAUGGUACUCCAGUAUUGCGACCACUUUGGGCACAUUAUCCACAGGAGGCCGAGACAUUUACGAUUGAAGAUGAAUUAUUGGUGGGUGAUUCGAUUCUCGUGAGGCCUGUAUCUGAACCUGGUGUCACUGAUGUUAAUGUUUAUUUGCCGGGCGAGGGCAAAGUUUCUUGGUAUGACAUUGAUACAAUGCAACAACAUAGACAGAGUACCAUUACUGUUCCUGUGACACUUCACAAAAUUCCCGUUUACCAAAAGAGCGGUUCUAUCGUUCCAAGGAAAAUGAGGAUAAGACGUAGCACUGCUGCUAUGAAAAACGAUCCUUAUACUUUGAUUGUCAUCGCUGACAAUGCUGGAAAGGCAACUGGUACACUUUACAUUGAUGACGAAGUCAGUUUUGAAUAUCGUCACGGAAAUUAUCUCUAUUUGAAACUUUCUCUCGAUGGAAAUAAUUUGACUUCGAAAAUGUUGGAUAAGAAAGCAAAUUAUAAAACCAAAAGUUGGUUGGAGAGAAUAGAUAUCGUUAAUCCACCUAAAGGAAUUAAAUCCGCUCAGCUAACUUCUAAGAGUCUGGGCAAAGUGACAUUAGAAACAAAGUACAAUCCACACAACAAUGUACUUGUAGUGCGUAAACCAGGUGUAAAUAUGGGAGAAGAAUGGACGAUUGAAUUAAUUCAUUAACAAUUUCAUUUAACUUCUUUAUUUUAUUCAUUAAGUAUCAGUUAAUCGAAAAAAGCAGCCUACGUGAAGUUUCAUCCAUCUGUGAUUCCACACAUAUUGCAUCAGAAUUAAUAAUUGUCAAGUGAUCAUUAAAAAAUAGUGCAAAACUCUAAAACUCUCAGGAUACUCACAGGCUUUAUAGAUAAAAAAAAUUAUAUGUCUACGUAAUUAAGCGUCGUAGGUUUGAAAAAUAUUUAUGUAAAUGUGUUUCAUCAUUAAUGUACAUUUUUAUAUACAUGCCAAACUCUCAUAGUACACGCAAUAGUUUAAUAAUAAAAAAUAUGUUAUGUUUAAAGAAAA